UACUACAGGCGGUGAGUCUGCGCAUGCGUGCCUGUAGUAAUCCGGUCGCAGCCUGGCUGACGGACGCUGCGUGACAACGAGCUGGUUUCUGCCUCAAAAUGAUGAAACUUCUGCCCAAACUGCUGCUGCUGCUGCUGCUGGCCUUCCCGGCGACCAUCCUCAUCAGAGGGCCGGAGGUGAGCGCCCAGGAUCUGACGGAGGACGAGGAGGCCGAGGCCGUGGACGAAGACGUCGUGGACGACGUGACGGCAGAGGACGAGGACGACGAGGCGGAAGUGGAAGAUGACGAGAACGCGGAACUGACGGAAGAAAAAGAAGAUGAAGAAGAAGAAGCGUUGGUUGGAGAGGUGAAGGCCUCCCCCAACGCUGACACCACCAUCCUGUUCGUCAAAGGAGAAGACUUCCCUGCCAACAACAUCGUCAAGUUCCUGCUCGGCUUCACCAACAAAGGAUCCGAGAACUUCGUAGUCGAGUCUCUGGACGCUUCUUUCCGUUACCCACAGGAUUACCAGUUCUACAUCCAGAACUUCACGGCUCUCCAGCUCGGCAUCGUGGUUCCCCCCAGCAAACAGGCCACCUUCGAGUACUCGUUCAUCCCCGCCGAGCCGAUGGGAGGGCGGCCGUUUGGACUCGUCAUCAACCUCAACUACAAGGACGGCAACGGAAACAUUUUCCAGGACGCCGUGUUCAACCAGACGGUGACCCUCACCGAGAGAGAGGACGGACUGGACGGAGAGACGAUCUUCAUGUACGUCUUCCUGUCAGGCCUCAGCCUGCUGGUCGUCGUUGGCCUUCACCAGCUGCUGGAGUCCAGAAAGAGGCGGCGUCCAGCUCCAAAGGUGGAAAUGGGAACUUCGAGCCACAACGACGUCGACCUGAGCUGGAUCCCUCAGGAAACGCUCAACCAGAUCAACAAAGCGUCUCCAAAAAGAUCUCCUCGCAAAAGAAGCCAGAAACGCUCGGCCGGCUCAGACGAGUGACGGGCGCCUGACGACGCGGCGGCAGAACUUCACCCGACCGUCUACGUGAGAGGAGGUGAUGGAGGAGAUGAUGAUGGAGGGCUGUGAGCACCACAGCGAGCAAACUCUGCUCUCUACUGAGAAACUUUAACCAGUGCCAAGCUCAGCGAUGGCUGGCUCUCUACUUUCAGCUUAAAACUGUUGAACACACACACACACACACACACACACACACACACACACACGAUCACAGGAGGUGUGUUGGGUUUAAAAAAAAACAUUUUUCUAUAAAGGUUGUUGGUUUUUCUUUUUUUGUUUGUUAGUCAGAAAACUGCUGAGUCAUCAUUGUGAGAUUAUGACGUUGUUGUUGUUGUUGUUGUUUACCUCCCACUCUGGUGUCGGGCUGUAACGAAAUGUGGAUUAAUCGAUUUGAGUCGACAGGCGAAAUGAAUUGUCAGGAUGUCUCUGAACAUCCGAGUCACUGUUUUCUACGUCUUACGACCCAAUAAAUGAACAAACUGCAGAUUAACUUGAUUAGUUUGAGUCACGGUAAACAAGCGCAGGGUUUGUUUUUUUUUUUUCUUUCUGUUUUCGUGUUUCUGCGAGGACUCGUUGCCGUCAGAGUCCAGACCUUCUUUUUUUUUCGCCGACUUUCUGAGACCUUUUGCGCGAGAACGCAAUCCCGCAGACGGCGCACGAGAACGAGAACGUGGACGGCGUCCAUUUCAAAUUCUCUUUCCGACCUCCUAAAUGGUUUCUGAAUCGUCUGAUGGUAAAUUAAAUGUUUGUUUUGAUCCGCUCACUGUUGCAACAAAGAGCGGAUCAAACGGUCUUGUGAACCCCCGGUUGCUCGCCUGUUUUGGGCAAUGGAGGCGUCGAAUGUCAGGCGAGUGAAGUGAACUCUCAAACUCGUGACUUGUUUUCUACUCUUCUCAAACUUUCAAACUCUUCUCUCCUCAAGCAGCUUUUUGUUUUUCAAAAUCAGAAAAAUAAUUUGCCAAACGGUGAAUUUGCGUCUUUUGUUUUGGGGUUUUUUUUGUUUCUUUUUCUUUGGAUUGUUCAAAACUGUUGAACUGGCUGAAGCACUGGUGUAAAUACUGGCUGAUGAUCGAUGAUGAACUGAGAGCGAAAUUAACGAGCUAAUUUAUUCGAGUGACCGAUCUGGGGGGUUUGAACAGGGAGGUUUUGUGCACUGUUUUUUUUUUUUUACCACUAGAUGGCGACACUGGCUCACUCUGCAGGUCGUAGAGUUCCUGUACCACACUGAGUUUUGCUUCUGAGUUUUUGGACGUGAACUGUUCCUGCAUGUCGGACUCGGAAGAUCCAGACAGGAAACACGCGAUCCAAAUCCACAGCCGAGGCUUGUCGGUACCACUCGAACGGCCACAGAGAGCUGAGCUCAUGUUUAGGUUUUCUAAAACUAUGGGGCUGUCAUUCAUAGAUAGAAGCUGAUACUUUUAUUGCUUUUAAAUGUGCAGGAAAUAAACUUUGAUGAUUUGCUGUCG